GUUUCAAGGGGGAACAAAAUCACAAUAAUCAAGCGUCAAUGUGUUGUCAUUCUUUUUUUCCAUACAGCGAGGACGCAGUUAAAUGUUUUCCGCACUCCUUCUGCUCAUUAAACGCUGCACGUACGGUGUCAGAAAGCAGCAGCAUGUCAUUCAAAGAGUUUAAUUCGACGGAAGCAGCUCUGAAGAAUACUGACGGAAUCAUUUAAUGCCCUGAUUGCGCCUGGUUCCGGACGCGCCCCAGCGGAGUCCCGGUCCGGUCUUUGCUCUGGGUUCUGUUUGUCCUCCUAACGGUGCAUCUACGCUUCUGAAAGUACCAGAUGACCUGACAUCCAGAGCCUCUCAUUUAACCAAUCGAACCGCAGCAAUUCGCAUCUCACAGGUGGCUGUAAAGACAAGUGAACCUUUGGUCACAUGAUGCCUCUGACAGUAAACCUGAUUGGUCCAUCUCCCUGGGGCUUCCGAGUGUCCGGAGGGAAGGAUUUCAAGAAAGCCCUAAUUGUUUCCAAGGUCAGUGGGGGCAGCAAAGCAGAGCUAACAGGCCUGCGGGUAGGCGAUGUCAUCUUGGAGAUCAAUGGGGAGAGCACAAGUGAGAUGUUGAACACCGAGGCGCAGAGCACUAUCAGAAGCUGCAGGACACUGCUGCGGCUCCUGGUUACCCGGCCAGGGCCACCUCGCCCAGGAUGCACUGGUGGAUGCACGGAGGAGCAGGAGGCGCUCUUUGCAAGUCAGGACAGCAGCGUGGAGCCCAUCUCAUCCAGAAUCAGUUUCCCGGAGCCACCCGUCAACCCCAAAGGGAUUAUGGGGGCCCAUACUCCUGCCAACGCCAAGAGGUUGUGCUGCAUCCAGCCUCAAACCUUCAACCAUGGGCUUGCCAGACCUGCAGCCCAGGAUCCCCUCCCAGCCGCCGAAAGGGGCAGCUCUGCACCUAAUCUGACUGCCCCCACCCCAGUAAGCCUGCUCCCCCCGGACCCCAGCGAUACAGAAAUGCCCGCUCCACACGGGCAAAGCAUGCAGAGGCUGGAUCGUGACUCCGAGGUCUACAAGAUGCUCCAAGAGAACAGGCACUCGCGCACCCAACCCCGCCAGUCAUACAGCUUCCGCCUGCUGCAGGAGGAACUGGAGGCAGGAGAGAAAGGUGAAAGCCCGCGAUUCCCGCCGCGCAUCAGCAGCUCCGCCUCUGCCUCGCAGCAGCUGCACACCUGUGAGAAAUGUGGCACCGGCAUUGUCACGCAGGCUGUACGCAUCACAGAGGGUCGCUACCGACACCCAGAGUGCUACGCCUGUGCGCAGUGUGGCCUCAGCCUGAAGAUGCGUGGCCACUUCUGGGUGGGGGAGGAGAUGUUCUGUGAGAAGCACGCCCAGGAGCGGCACCAAGGCCUUGGCAGUGGGCGCCGAGCCGCCGUUUCCCCUCCACGUUAGACCUCCGCCCCUCCCCAGCAUCCUCACUUUCACAGACACCGGUCACUUUGUCAGACGCCAGCUCCCCAUUUAACUCUAGUAGCUGCUCCAGCAGUUAAAGCCCAGCUUGGCCACUGGGAUCAAGCUGUUCCACCCCUCACUUCUCCAAAGCCCCGGUCCUCACCCUCUAAGUCCCACAGUGACAAACUGCCCCUGUUAUUCCUCCACUGCGAAUGAGCUGGACAAGGAUGCAGUGGUGGAGAAGCAGUACCCAGCACCUCUGUGAUCUUUGAAUCUCUUGUAGCCUGUUUUUUUGAGAAAUUAUCAAGUGCAGGAGAGAACCAUAGCAGACAGGGGUUUGGCUCUGGUUGGUCACAUACCAUCAUACAUUUUAGGCUGAUAUUAUUAAUAAAAAAUUAUUCAUAAAACAAGUUACAUGCAUGUCAGUUCAGGUGAUUGUGCUUUAUGUGUCACAGGAAAUAGAAACAAUGAUAUAGAUCAUUGCAUCUGAACUCCCAGACACAGUAAAAGGUAACUGAAAGGCAUGUAUUUUUCUUGAUCUUAUCAUGGUUGUACAUGUGGGUGUCAAAAUCAGAUUUCCAUAUCCUUGGGCAUUUUCAAAGUAGCUCGUUUUAACCAGAAUGAAAACGGAUUGUCGGGUUUUUUGUGCUUACUGAACUGAAUUAUGAACCAAAGACUUUCCAUCUAGUUGUUCUGUGAUAAUUUACAAACAUCCCGGUAGAUAAGUAGUCUGCCUUUGACCUUUUCUCUUUCUUUCUGCAAGCUCUGGGCCGAUAGGCUGCUCUCGCUUUACUAUGGUAUUUGACAGUGUAAUGCUAGAUUCUGUCAGGGGAGCUGGUCCAGAUGCACCCCGAUUACUGAAUGUGGAGAAGGAAUUGCGAUGGGAUUUAGGUUCACGCCUUAAUUAAGACGAUAUGCGCGACAGAUUACAUGUGGAAACGUAUCGCUCAAAGCGAAAAUCCAGAAAAAAAUUAAACGCAAAUCGCAGUCAUUUGGUGGCUAUAUUGGGCCGGAACCAGUUGUUUUAACAGCUGGGAAAUAUAACCGGGACUAUAGUAACGAAUUAUCAGAUCAUUCAGUCUUGUAGGUCUAUGUGCUGAUCGCAGGCUCUUGCUGGACGCCUGCUGGAACAGGAGUAGGUGAGUCAGAGUAGAGCUGUUCUCUACAGGAGCUCUACAUAACAGUGGUUGCAUUAGUACCAGUGAACCAGCGUAGAGUUUGACCGUAACCUGACAUUUUAUAACUGUCUAUGCGUCUCUGAAAACGCCAAAGACGAGGCAAUGGUACGUACACAGAUGAGCCACUUAAGGCUCUGAAUUUUUAACAGUUUACGUGGAGUUUGAGAUCUCUUUUGGCUUGUACUAGUGCGCAAUUUGUGCAUUUACAUUUACCGCAAACUGAACUCCUCUCAAAUAAAUUAUAUUAUAGAUAACGCGAAAAGAAUAAAAUAUUAGAAACAUAAAAAACCUUCGGAAUGGAACAUAAUUGGCCUGAAUGUUCCUUCACUGGCAACGAUUGUCUUUUCCAUACUCUUUCUUGUUAUUGCUGUUUUGAAGUCUGACUGUUUAUAGCCCACCUAGAUUCAUACCAUACUUCUUAGACAUGCCGCUUUGCAGGGAUGCUGCGGUUUAGGUCUCCGGACCUGACAUGCCGCUUUGCAGCGGGUUUCAGUUUCACAAUGUGUCGACUUCGCCGAGUCCUGUGGUCCUUGCUGCCUAAAGGUCUCCGCUAUGAGUCAUCAUGUGUGAAUUAUGUUUAUAUAAAGCAACAAUGACAACUUUAUAUAUAGGGCAGCGCUCAUACAUGAAAGAAUGAAUUGGCACUGCAAGGUUACAAUGGAAGAGGCCGGGGCAGUCAUAGUCUGCUUAUCCACUAUGAUGCCAAGCAAGAACGGUGCCAAACUAGUAACUGUUGCGAUUAUUAUUACAAUGAUGUGGUGACAGAAUAAUAAAAUACAACUUCAUGAUAGUUAAUUUUAUGCUGUAUUGUUCCAAUGUGAGUAAUAUACAGAUAGCACUGUAAACAUUGCACACUGUCAGAAAAAAGCGGGCAGCCCUGGUACAAGUUUGUUCCCCAAGGUACAAACAACACUGAUGUACCCCAAUGGUACAAAAUGCUCCUCUGUAUCCAUUUCUGUAUCUUAGAUUAAACUAAAAGGUACAUUUACCUGCAGCUAGGGUACAAGUGGCAGACCCCUGAGGGUCGAGCCCCAGUGACAAGUCACUGUACCCUGAAAGGUACAAAUCGGCUAUAAGACAGCAUUUAUUCACAGAAUGCAAUACCAUAUAGAGAUUAAAUAAUAUGGAUUAUCAAUGCUUGGGGAAAAAACUUUAUGGCACACCCUGAUCGCAACAGUUAAAAUGCAAAAUUAAGAUAUUCAGUAUCUAGGUCAAAAGUUUGGACACCUUCCCACAUAAAGGUUCGUUUGUACUAUUUUCUACAUUUUAGAGAGCAGCAGAGUGAUCCCACAAUUGGGACCUUGAACCAGGCCCUUAACCCCAGUCACUCCAGGGACUGGCUGAUCCUACUGUCUCCUCUACGCCAGUUUCAUGAGGCGGCCUCCCGGGAUGCUUUUCCAGCUGUGCUCAACUUUGUGGAUGGCUUGGUGUCUCCAAACUUUUGACUGGCGCUGUAAAAUGGGGGAUGGCGUUUGGCUGAGUGGGUGAGGCAGCUGGGUCUGUGAUUAUGAAGACACCUGUUUGAAUCCCAGUAUCAGGAGAGUGAUAUCGCCACUGGGUCUCAGAGCACAAACAGUAACCCCAAUAACUGUUUGACGCCACCUUCCUGUUUGAUCCCGCCUUCCUGUUUGACCCCGCCUUCCUGUUUGACCCCGCCUUCCUGUUUGACCCCGCCUUCCCAAUUGUUUGUCUCUUGGGACCUGCUGAAUAAAUAAAACAUAAAUGUCAAAUUAAA